AAAGGAAUUUGAUAUUGAAAAACGUAGAACAAAAAAGAAAUUCUUGCUGAAAGUUUUCAAGGGCGAUUUUAAGAAUUUUUAUGUAUCAAUUGUUGAUCAAAUUCCAGUUCCAAUUCAUUUGAUUGGAUGGUCUAGGCAAGUAACGGUCAAGGGAACAGUCCAGUCCAGUAACAAGCGUUGUCUACAGGGUAUAUCUAUUUAA